UAAGAGGCGGGUCUGCACGAAUCCCAUGGGAAAAAUCUCUCUCUCUCUCUCUCUCUCUCUUCACCCAAAAAUCCCAUUCACUCUGUUCAACAUGGCGAUGCCAGGAGGAAUUACGCAAAAGCGACACGGAGCGGCUCCGCUGAUAUCUCCGACUUGGUGUGAAUUUGUAAACUCUCGGACCUCCUGCCGGUUAUGAUGUUGGAACGAUGGAUAAGUUUUCGGGUAACCUUUCCGAGAUCAAAUGGAGCUCGGUGUCCUUGCCUUUGGAUUUAAUAAUUAGCAAAUUCCGACUGCCAACCCUGGUGCGUCUCAGCCAAGGAGACCAUGUGGAAGGCCUGACAGAGCAGGACGUCAUACUCAUUCAUUCGUGUAGACAAUGGACCACGGUAACGGCUCACAGCUUGGAGGAAGGGCAUUAUGUUAUUGGUCCAAAAAUUGAUAUCCCACUGCAAUAUCCUGGAAAGUUCAAACUGCUAGACCAAGAUCGAGAUGUGAGGGAGCCUGUCCAGUACUUUGGGAGUGUUGAGGAAGUAGCCAGUGUUUUUCCAGAUAGAGUUUUUGUAAUGGAAGCCAUCACAUUUAGUGUGAAGGUGGUCUCUGGAGAAUUCAGUGAAGACAGUGAAGCAUACAACUUCACGUUGCAUGCUGGUGAUGAGCUCACAUUAAUGGGACAGGCAGAGAUCUUAUGUGCCAAGACUGUAAAAGAGAAAUCUCGGUUUAACACGAUUCUGCGAAAGCUGGGGAAAACCAGCACUCUAAGCAAGCAGGUAAAAGGGAAGAUGCCCUGUUUAAUUUGUAUGAAUCACAGAACCAAUGAAAGUCUCAGUUUACCAUUCCAGUGUAAAGGCAAAUUCAGCACCCGCAGUCCCCUAGAAAUCCAAAUGCAAGAAGGUGAGCACACCAUCCGGAGCAUCAUUGAAAAAGUUCGUCUGCCUGUCAAUGUAAUAGUUCCCAGCAGGCCUCCAAGAAAUCCAUAUGACCUUCACAUCAUCCGGGAAGGCCACCGUUACAAGUUAGUGAGCAUUAUCUCCAAGACUGUAGUUCUGUGUUGCAUUCUACGGAAAGAAGAGGUGGCCCCCUUUCAUUUUUUGCUGCUGACGGAUAUGCCCCGCUUCUUGUUGCCUGAGGGUCUCCUUCGGGGAGAUCCUGUGUUUGAGACAGCCACACAUGAGAGUUCGUUAUUUUGCCAGGAGCGGUUCAACCCUGAUGAGUAUUCCAAGGCAGUGAGAGAGGUGAAAGCAGAUUUUACAGACGAGUGCACAAGUCCACGACGGAUCAGGGUGUGCUUACAGGGUUUAACCUCAAAUUCCUUGAACUAUGCACGAGAUGAGCUGACACAGUCUUUUCAGCGACUAUCUUUAUGUGUUUACAGUGGCUCUUUGAUGCACGCUAAUGGUGAUCACACCCAGAGUUGCAGAGACUCACUGGGAGAACAGCAAAUCAUGCCUCAUGAACUUUUAACACCAGCUGAAGGUAGUGAAAGUGAACGAGAAUAUGUAACUCCUGACUGGGCAGAAAAUGAAUUCAGGACUGUGGAACAAGCAGAAAUUCCAUAUGAGGAAUUAUGGACCAGUCCAAACAUGGGGAAUUUAACAGAUGUCAGUGGAAAUGUACAAAGUAAAGAAUGUGGAGUUAAAAUAGAACAAAAUCUUAUUUCUUUCCAUUCAUCCACAUCAUCUUUGGAAGGACCUGUGGGAUCACCUAAUAUUGCAAUAUUGCAAAUGGAGGAAAGCAAUAAAGUGCCAACGCCUCCUCCAGUACCUCCAAAAUCAGAAGCUGUGAAAGAAGAAUGCAGAUUUUUAAAUGCACCCCCAGUUCCUCCAAGAGGCAGCAAAUCCAUGUCUGUUCCCAGUCCUCCAGUUCCUCCUCGAUUUCCCAAAGCACAGUUCCAACAAACACAGAUCCAUCCUGCACACUCUCCAAACCCAAGUUUAUCCUACUAUUCUUCUGGGCUUCAUGACAUCUCUGGAACUCGCAGUGGCAGCUGUUCACCUUCUCCAGAUUCUUACUCUCUUUACUGCUAUCCAUGUACCUGGGGAGACUGCAAGUCUGUCGAUUCAACCACCCGCCAACUUUCAGGAAGCAAUGCCGCACCUGGUGUGCAACCAGUCCCAACGUCCUGGUCAGACCCUUGGGCUUACACAGAGAGUAUGCCUAGUGUGGCCAGUGGACGCUCCACACCUCUCCUCAGCACUGAUAUGGCUUAUAAAAGUUACUACAGUUGCCCAAGACUAAAACCCCCACAGUCACAGAAACGUUUUGCUCCAUUUGGUGCCCUGAACCCAUUUGCGAAUCCAGGAUAUUCAUGCAGUCCUUCCUCUUCUCCUGCUGAUUGGCUAGAACCUGCAGAGAGGCAGAAGUCCCCAUCAUUGGCCUCUGAGGCAUUUGACCCUUUUGAUCCAGCAAACAGCCGAAGUGCCUCUCCUGAUAUUACUUCUAUCAACUCGGGAGAUAUGAGGUUCAGCCAGGAACUCCGGAACUGCCAGCAGGAGCAGGUCUAUAAAUCGAGUGAUGGGGGGCUGUGUCCACCUCCACCACCUCGACCACCCAAGAGUUUUGAAGCUGAGAACAUCAUUAUCAGAAGCACAGCCCCGCUUUCUCCAACAAUUGUGAGAGGCGCAGAGGGCGGCAUUACUAGAGUCUACCUCACCCAAGGGGUUAUUGAGGUCCCACCUGUGUCUACCAGGAGCAACCCAGAGACUCCAGCAUCAGCACCUUCUUCCCAAGCUCCCAGUGUGCCAAGAGCAAAUGGGGAUGGGUCUGCCUGGCACCCUCCCUCUGACCUGUCCACACUAUCAGUGGAGGAGGUCUCCAAGUGCCUAAGGUUUAUUGGUCUCUCAGAAGAUGUUGUAACAUUUUUUGUGCGAGAACGGAUUGACGGGAGCAUCUUUGUACAGCUGACGGAGGAGAUCCUUUCAGAUGACUUUAAAUUGACAAAACUGCAGGUCAAGAAAAUCAUGCAGUUUAUCAAAGGCUGGAGGCCUAAAAUUUAAUUCCAGUUUAGGUAAAGGUGUUGAUGGCCCUUCAAAUUACUACUCAUAGGGGGAAUGCUACCUGACUAAAUCGCAACAAAUAAUUGAAAAUAAAGCACAGAUGUUAUCAAAAGUGGGAAACUGAAACUGUUUUUUUAGGAGCAGAUUUUUCUUAAAUCAUGGAAGUAACAUAGAAGCUGUGAUGUGUAACAUUUGGCAGUGUAAUAUUUACAGGCUCAAUUUACUGUAUAUCAUCAAAGGCAUAAACAGGCUAUUUGGGGCAUUUACUUUUCUUACCAUGAAGAGGUUUCAGGCGUUCAUUAAGUUCUAGAAGGACUUAACUGCUUGUUAUUACCAAGUGCUAGCACUUUAAAUCUGUCUAAAUUAAGCAGGUCCCUUUGCUUUUGGACAGUUGUGAAAUGAGGUGCUGAGGUGCUAUUAGAAACUAAGAAAUAUUAAAGCUACUUAUUAGCCAAGGCCAAGGGAGACUUCUUAGCUUAGACAGCAAAGUGCUAGCACUUGAACGGCAAACAUCUGUCCACGUAAGAGCAUAGUUUACCCAGAAUAUUUGGUCUUGCUGUCACAGUGAUGCUGUGAAUUAGCAAAUGGCUAAUCUGAACAUUUAAACAAGAGUGCAAUUCUUCUAAAGGUUCAGAAACUAUAGCCUGUAGCAGCCCUUUGAUUGUGGUUGCUGUUUUUACGAAAUCAGUUUCAUAAAGAGAAGCCCGUUAUUUAUCAUUUAAUUUUCCUCAUUUUUGAUCAAAGCACAUUGGUUUCUGAAGAAGUUUUGUUUCAAAAUUUUGAAAUGUAUAGGACCCUCUCCUGUUGGAUCAGAAUUUGGAUUAAGCCUGUGCAGAAAAUGAAUCCAUGGCUGGCUAUUUUGUUAUCUGCUACCCCUCAGCAGGACAAGUAGAGCAGAAUCUCAACAAGAAAACACACUGAUUGUAUUUAUUAUGUAGGAUUUCAUUUUCCCUUUUGUUUCACAAUAAUUUAAUUUCUUUUUAAAAUGUGUGUAUAGAUAUUUCUUUAUUCUUAACUCUAGUCUACUCCAUUAACGUCUUUAAAUUUCUUGUAAAAUAAAGAAGGUUAUAUAGUAAAGUAAAGGGCUGUAUAUUAAAGUAGCUUUAAUAAUUUAUCCAGUGUCAUUUGCUCCCAACAGACAUUUUAAAGUGGAAAUGUAAUUAAAGAGUGGCCUCAUAAGAAAUAUAGGACUUGGUACAUUGUCUGCCCAGUCCACUUGCUGGAUAAAUCAAUCCACUGAUUUUCAAAUUUACUUCAUCCAGUUGAGACUGGUGGGGUCACAACAGCAUCAGGCGCAAUAUAGGAACUAAUCCUGAGGUUGGGCAAAAUCGGAUAUUAGAUCUUUGUGGAAAAGGAAAAUACUGUACCUACUGGUAGAAGUAAUGGCAAUUAUGGGGAAUCUACAAUAUUUCCAAAUUUCAAAGAGAACUUGAUCAUUUAGGACAAGCCUUCAUAAAUCUGAGUACUCAGACAAUAACAAAAUCCUAUUAUUGAAGCAGCCGUACACUUCUAAAUUGAAUAUCCAAAUAUAAAUAGACUUGACCACUGUGAGUGAAUAUUUCUGUGCAAGUAACAAAAAAAGGUUUGUCAAAGGAGUUUCAAUCUGACAUUCGAUAUAAAUUAAAGGAGACCUGAGGACAACCAAAAUGUAUGCAAGUAUUUAGUUGUGACAUGAAGGUUAUUAUCUGACAUUUUAUUAACAAUAUAGUGUCAAAUAUACAUAAAAUAACCUAAAGAAAUUGCCACCACAGUUUUCAUGUGCUUUUUAAAAAGUUCUUCUCAACCAACCUUUUGUAAAGAGCUUUGAGAAGAAUGUUUUCACAGGAUAUUAAAAGGCAUUCACGCAAGCUUAUUUAAUUUACAGUGUUGGGGUUAUGUCUCUGAGUCAUUCUUACCCUGUGUGUCUGAUUAGCCCAGUAACAAGGGCAAAGUUAUAUUGGGGCAACUGGCCUUUGGUCCAUGAUUCCUUACUAUGAUUAUUCACAGCAAGUCCACCUUUGGUGCUUCCUUCAUUCACCACUCGGAGAAGGUUCCUUUCACACAAGCAAUAAAUAAAACUGAAGCACAAUGCUGCCAUAUAGCAAUCACGUUCAUUUGAUAUAGUGCCUUUCAUACUUUUAAAACUUCAACUGUUUAUUUUUCCACUUAAAUUUGCAGUCACAUCCAGCAGUGCCCUAACAGCUCACAUAUACUCAUCAUUUUUCUUGAAAUGCAGUUUUAGAAAAGGAAUAUUUUAUUUUAUUGCUUGGUCCUGAUGCUUGAUGUGUAGAUUCUAAUUCUAUUCUUUAACCAUGUUGGGAUUGGUACCAGUCACCCCCAUGAUCCUGAAUUAGAUAGAGCCAGUAUAUAAGAGGGACAGAGGGGUGAACAUCUCCAAGAUCCGCUUUAAAACACGUCAUCACAUGCCAAUGCAAACCUCAUCCGUGUUGUAAUUUCCUCACAACUACAAGUUAUUGUUAUGAAGAUACAUAUAAUUAGCAAUACGCAGAAGAAAAACUCAAUUUUUGGCAAAAAAUUUAUUUCGAAAGAGUAGUUUGGUGGUUAUCAAUGCUGCCUCCAGCUCCAGGACACUUGGUUUGAUUUCUAGCCUAGUAGUUAUCAGUGAGUGCAUUUACAGUACAUGCACACAGAAAACCGGGUUAAGAUGGGUAAUGGAUUAAGGUAGAAAUGUGGGUUUUUUAACCCCCCACAUGUAUGAGACCAUUUACGGAGUUCUGCUUUGGCAAAAUGCUUCAAUAUCAUAAAAACGCACUAACAAAAAUAGAUUAAACAUCAUCAACGUCUGCUAUGAAUCUAAGAACAAGCAUGGAGGCUGUGUCUCCGUGGAUUGUGCUCUUGAACGUAGCACUGUAUGUUUAGUUCAUCAACAUAAAUUCAGUGAUUUCUGAAAUAUUGACACAGAUUAUUUUAACCAGGAGAAGGAAAGAUGUGAUCGCCCAAACUUUUGCCUUAGAAAAUGUAUCUUUGUGGACACUUCCACCAAGUUUUACCCGUGGCUACAGGAUGCAUGUGCAAAGCAAAGACAUACACAAGCUAACAGAGUGCAACAGACAGGCGUAGACUAUAAAAUCCUUAACUGCAAUCCAGUUAAGGGUUUACAUGGUUAUAUAACUAGGUUACUUGAGGAAGAAAUCAACAUAUGUUAACCUGGUUUCUCAUGAUACUGCUAUCUAGCUUUCUCUAACCGGAUUAAGGGUAUACAUGGCAUUUUUAAAGGUGGGUGAAUGACCGAGUGAUUAAAGCGUGUGUGAACACACUCAUUGUACAGUCUACCUAUUCUUCCCAUGUUUGUGCACUUUUUUCUCCAGAUUCUCAACUUUCUUUCCACAUCCCAAAGUCUUGUAGGUCAAUUAAAUUGAUAACUGAAUAUAUCUGUGUUGGCAUGUACCUACGUAUGCCUUUCAUUUGAUUUGUUAAAGAAAUAUGUUUUUCCUUAAUAUUUGCUUAUUUGAAGAUAGCAAUACAGAAUUCAGCAGCCUAGAAGUUUGUAAAUCAUUCAGAAAGCAAUAAUUUGAAAGAAUAAAGUGAUGCUUUUCUUUGCCAACAAUGUUUGUUAUACUGUAUAGUACUUUUCAUAGAACACUCUCAUAGAACACAAUGGCUAAAUUUGAAACAACAAGUAAAAGCGUGAUACAAGAUCACAAAAAUAACUCGAUAAAUUAAAGAAAUAUUGGCAUUGAUAUAAGUCCACACAAGUUUUAACAGUUGAUUUCUGUUUAUUUUAUACAUUGAGCAAUUCAGCAUGCAGAGCUUGGCACACAUAAUGCUCAGUGUAUACCAAUAUUUAAAAUUCAGAUGCAUUUAUCACUUAGAACCUAUGGUAGUAGAUGGAUAUAUUUGCUCAUUAAUUUCAUACAGUACUUCUUCAUUUUGUACCUGUCAUGCCACUGUGUAGGUAUUUAUGGAUGUUAAGAUGACUACUUUAUGGCCUGCGGGCUAAUAUCCCCUACCCUAAUUUUGACUCCUAUCAGUUGGUGUUGUUUUGCCCUCAGUGCUGAUAAAUUUUAUUACUGGUAAAAAGUGACAGAAACUGAGCAGUUGCAUUGUUAGAAUAUUAUAUGGUCCUAUUUUAUGAUCACAUUCAUAUUAAUAAAUACCCAGCAAUUGUUCAUUGUUUUUGUUAUAAAAACAGGCAAUUCAAUCAGAAGGAAUUCUUUUAACUCUAUGUGUCUUUCAGUACCAUGCUGUCAGAAAAUUGCUUUACGCACACCAUAUGAAGCAACAUGGAAACUGUUCAGGAUCUACUGUGACCAUCAAAAUAUAUACAUUACACUAAGAGAAUUUCGUGUGUGCUAUGAUGCAUAUAAGUUGUUUUUUGAAGAAGGGUAUUAUGAUUUUUUUUUCCAGAGUUUUAAAAGAAUUUGAUAAUUACCCAUCGGGGAAAAAUAUAUAUUGCUAUCAUGGCCUACUUUUUUUAGCUUCCUAAUUGAAAUAAGUUGAGAAUUGUCAUAAUAUUAUUGUGCUAACAUCUUGGUGGCACGAUUCUCCCAUGACAUACCUUACACAUUCUGCAAAACAGUCCCUGAGCAUACUGCAAAACUGACAUCAUCAAUCCAUUGUAAUCACCUCGUCCCAAGAAGGAUGGAGGAGUCCAGAGGAAUAGUUGGGAUGCCAACCAGGCAAUUCCAUUUAAUUCAGAGUAACAAAAAACAAGUGUAUGAUGGCACAAUAAAAAUCAGACAGUCAAAGGCCGUUUCAAAGCUUUAGUUGACUGACAUAAAGGUAGCUUUCUGAACAGGUCAGGUUGGAAGCUCUGUCCUGUAGCAGGCUUGAGUCCAAAUGAGACCCCUCAUUCUGAGGACGUCUGUUCUAAGACUCCAUUCGGAGGAGCUGGACCUUCUCUGGGUGCCAUAGAGCGGUUAUGUUCCCAUCACCUACUGUAUAUGGAAUAUUAGUCUUAUGUCAGACAAAGCAGCACACACUGGUCCGGUUUAGAGCCACUAAUCACCCUAACAAAACAUCUUUGAGAGACGUGCAACAUGCAGACUUUCGGAUAUGCCCAUUCUAGUAUUCUACCUUAAGAUUUCAAAAGAAAAUUAUUGAUAUUCCAGGAAAUACAUAUUCAAUAUAGAAUCACAGCAAUAAUUGUUUUGUUUAAUGAAAUAGGAGUAACAUUAAAUGUAGUAUUAUUUUGUUAUUGCAAACCACUUAAAAAUGCAAAGGUGUUCUGGGGCAAUUUUUAUUUUUUCUGGACCGGCACAAGCGCUACAGCCACUGCCUGCUGGAAGGGCAUGAACAUUUUAAUGAAACUUAAUCUUCAUUGUUGAAUUUUCAUAUCUUUCUUGUAUCCACAAGAGUUUGGUUUUUGAGGACUGUAGUUUUCUCCCACAUUCUAAUAUGGCUCAUACUUGGAUAAUUAGCAUGGGUAAACUUGGCUUGUCCAUGCACAAGUAUGGUCUAUAAUGAAGUGCUGUCCUGUUUAAUGUUACAUUUUGCUUGUACCUGAUACCUUCAGAAUAUAAUCACACUAUCCAAAAUGCUGAAUUGAAACCAACCAGUUCAGAAAAUGAGAAAUAAAAUGAAUGUGGGUGCAUGCAUUCUUUACUGUGUCCUGCAUUUUAUUUGUAUACCAUCCAGGCUCCCAUAUUGCAUUGCUUCCUACAAUUCCAGCCAUUAAUUUUUCAUCAAAUGGGAUUAGAAAAUGGGAUACAUAAUACAAAAAAUAUAUAUACUAAAAACUGUGUGCGCUGCAUGGUGACAUAGUGUAUACAGAUGGCACCUCCUCAUAGCUCUACAUCCAUAAGCAUGAAUCCAUCCUAGGCUUUGCCUGUGUCAAGUUUAUUUAAUUGGAGACUCUGAACUGGCCUAGUGUAAGUGAGUAUGCCCUGUGACAGACUAGGACCUUGUUCAGGGAUGGUCCUUGCUUUGUACCCAAUUUGGGCAAAAUAUGGCCCCUUCAAUUCUGAAUUAGACUGACAAGGUUUAAUGACGGAAUAAAGGAAAAGUUAUAUAAAUCAUUUGUUUACCAGGUUGUUUCUUAAAGUCCCGAUAUCUAUUUGAGUUUCCUACAUUUUUAAACAGAAUAACUAUAGUUCUAGUCCAAUUAGAUAAUAAAGAAAACAGUUUCAACAAAAUCUUGAUUUACAAAAUGAUAUGCUUUUAAGAGUCAUACUGUGUAUAUGAUGGAUCGUUGUCAAAACCCUAUGAGAGCUGUCUUUUUCCAACCUCCAUACCAAUUUCACAGCAAUAUAACUUGCAUAAAGACUUUUGAUUCCCACAUGAAAUGGAAUAUGAAUGCAUAAUAGUCAUUCCAGCUAUCAAAUCGGAUCUGUUUCCUGUUUACCAAGUGAUUAUAUGGCAUCAGCAAACACGGAUUUCAAGGAAGCUUUUGUGUUUGCUUUUUACGCAUAGCUCAGAAAUUUGUUCCUUACUUUAACUUGAUUCGUUGCACAGUUAAGUAUUUUCCCUAAACUGGAGGAACAUUUUCUUGUACAAUCUGCCUUUUGUGUAUCUUUGUCUUGGUUGAAUAGCUUAUUUUGAAGGGAAUAAGUAUUAAUGUGUUGCCCUUUGUAGCUCUGAAAAUGUUUUACUUGCUCUGUAGUUUUUGUUUACUAACUAAUAAAGUGAAAGAAAGUGAUGUACUGUACAGCACAGUUUAUACAUGGUGAGAGACUGAGGUGUAAUACCCAUCUGUAGUUGACAGUAGUGACAUUAUUAAAUGGCCUCAUAGCGACAACUUUGAGACCAACAGUGGAAGACUGUGCAGAAAGUGCAACAAAGCUGAAGCGUCCAUCAGCAUGUUCUCAAAAGACAGCACCUCAUAACCAGGCCUGUUUACCAAUUAAAAUCCUCACUUGCAGAAUUUUAUAAAAUUUUAUUUUAUUUGCUUGAUUUUAAGUUAUGUCC